AUGGACCAGCCCACUUCAGUUCCCAGCUCAAUUGCUGAAAGCAUUGAGCCAACCUUGGGCAUUUACCUUCCGCUCCUCAACAAGAACUCAACUGCCAUCAAAUCAACCCUAAGAAAAACAUUCUCCUAUGGCCCCAACCCCCGCAACAACCUCGAUAUCUAUUAUCCUGCCAACAGUCCCACCGGGGCUGGGUGCCCUGUCUUCAUCUAUACAUAUGGAGGCGGCUUCACUCGAGAGACAGAGUCUCUGAAGAUCAUCUACUCUACCGAAACCUUGGGCAUUUCUUUGCUGAGAAGUGCGGACAACAAUGACAAGAUUGGAGGUUCACAGCCAAGACCGUUGUUCAUGAUGGGCAACUCUGCGGGUGCUGUUCAUCUUUGUACAUUCUUACUGCAUCCUUCGUUUGCCGAGCUUCGCGGCAAGAUCACAGGUACCAGCGAUACUAGCCCCCUGCAACUCAAGGCUGCGGUCUUCUGCUCGAUGCCGACGUCGCUCCGCAAACCUCGCCCCUAUAGAGCUCCUGUUCUUGCGAGAUACUAUGGAGAAACAGUAGAGCAGGAUUGUCCCCUCGGACUUCUUGAGGCUUGUAACAAGGACAAGACUGUCUCAGAUGCUGCACCAGGGGUCCAGUUCCUUUUACUUUAUGGCUCCCUCGACCCCGAGGAUGAGAUUUUGGGUUGCAACAAGGUGUUUAUUGAGCUUUGGCGAUCAGGCAAGGGAAGCUCGGGUGUAGAGCUCGAAGUUCAAGUUAUGGAGGGCCACAACCAUAUCUCGUCCCCACCAGCUCUCGGCACCAAUAUUUCGAGAGAAGAGGUCUGGGGUUUUAAUGUUGCUGGAUUUUGCAACGCGGCAGUUCGAAGUUGA